UCGAUGACCCUCUCUAGCGCCGAGGAGAUGCUGGGCAGCAUCUCCUUCUCAAGCUUCGUCGAUAUCAAGGCGACGUCUCAGCAAGAAAAUCCGUACACUUGGGACAUUUCGGCUCAGUUCAUCGCUUCUUCGGUGAUGUCGCUGACGCUCAGUGAGGGAGGUGGCUCAGAGAUUGAGGUGGACGGCCUUCGGGAUCCCAUUGGGAUUCGCAUGAAUUUGGGUGAGCGAAGUCGGCCGCGCCGCCGCGUUGUCCGGCCCUAUAGCAAUGGCGACAGCAACUACGAGACGGUACACUUCGUCAACGUCACCAGCAACGACAGCAGCAUUCUCUUCCAGAUGAACGCCACGGACAGCGACGCCGUCUUCUCCGUGUGGGUAGCGAGGGGCCGCCGUGCGUCCCCCACCGACUACGACUUCCUCUUCACGGUCCCGCACCCGCCGCUCGACGACACCUGGUACCUGGACGACAUGGAGCGCCGGAAAGUGGAAAACGAGCUGGCGAAUGCGGGCGAGGGACUUGCGGACGAGCUCAGCCACUCGGUCUUCAUCAGCAACGACGCCGUGCGCAUGCUGGGACUGGGACAGUGGACCCUCGUCGUCAAGCAACAGGUGAACGAGUCGGAGAUCGUCGUGCCGGAGGUCACGACGCGAGCGUACGACUACCAGAAGCGUACCACGCCCAGUCCGUGGCAGUACGCCCAGCUACACCCCUACUCCAUGUGGCUGACAACGGUGGCUUGCCUCUACUGGGAGGACACGCUGAACGAGUGGACGACGCGUGGGUGCAAGGUCACCCCGGCCUCCAAUAGCCGCUAUGUGCAUUGCGUGUGCACCCACCUGACGUCGUUCGGCGCCGACUUCGCCGUGCCGCCCAACACCAUCGACUUCGCUGCCGCCUACUCCAACCUGGACGCCAAACUGCGCGACAACUUUGCCGUGCUCGUCUUUGUCUGCUCUUGUCUGCUCAUCUAUAUAGUGGUCGUGGUGUGGGCGCGAAGGAAGGACCGACAGGACGUAGAGAAGUGGGGCGUCACGCCGCUCAGCGAUAACGUGGCCGAGGAGCGCUACCUGUACCAGGUGACCGUGUUCACGGGCAUGCGCUCGUCGGCGGGUACGCGCUCUCGGGUCAGCCUGGUGGCCAGCGGCGACCUAGACGACACCGGGGUGCGCCGGCUCACCGACGGCAAAACCAAGGUGCGUCGUCCUGUCUCCUCCAUAUCCUGUAGUAGCGGGCCGAACGGUCGGGACUUAAGUGAUUGUAACGAAGGAAAGUUGAUUAGGUGGUUGCUAUUUUACUUGUGACGGGCCAUCACAUAGGGUUUGUCAGAUC